AUGAAUCUACGUUCUGUAUUUACUGUAGAACAACAAAGGAUUUUACAGCGUUAUUAUGAAAAUGGAAUGACAAAUCAAAGUAAAAAUUGCUUUCAGCUAAUAUUACAGUGUGCACAGGAGACUAAGCUGGACUUCAGUGUAGUCAGGACGUGGGUCGGCAAUAAGAGAAGAAAAAUGAGCAGUAAAAAUUCUGAAUCAGGAGCAGCAACAACAGGAACUAUUUCUGGUACCUCUUUGUCAGCUCCAGACAUUACAGUAAAAAAUGUGGUUAAUAUUUCUCAACCCUCAAGCCAACAGUCUUCUUGGUCAUCUGCCAAUAAUGAUGUUAUUGUGACUGGAAUAUACAGUCCAGCUAGUUCACUAAGUAGGCAAGGAACAACUAAAUAUACAAAUACACAAAUUACAGAAGCACAUAAAAUUCCCAUUCAGAAAACUGCCAGUGAAAAUGGUACUGAGUUUCAGCUGCACAUUCCUGUUCAAAGACAAGUAGCACACUGUAAAAAUGCCUCUCUGCUCUUGGGUGAAAAAACGAUUAUCUUGUCAAGACAGACAAGUGUGCUAAAUGCUGGAAACUCCGUAUAUGCAAAGAAAAACUACGGAAGCUCUUCAAUGCAAGCCUCUGAUAUCAUGGUAUCUCAAAAGCCAUCUUGUCACCGACCUUGCAAAAUUGAACCAGUUGGAAUUCAAAGGCCAUAUAAGCCUGAACACACGCGUCUAACAUCACAUAACUUAUGUGGGCAAAAACCACCUAUUAGAGAUCCUUACUGUAGAACACAAAACUUAGAAAUCCGUGAAGUAUUUUCAUUGGCAGUUAGUGAUUACCCCCAGAGAAUUCUGGGAGGAAAUCCUCCACAGAAGUCUAGUUCAGCAGAAGGAACUUGUUUCUCCAUUGCAAUGGAGACCGGAGAUGCUGAUGAUGAAUAUGCCAGAGAGGAAGAGUUAGCACUGAUGGGAGCACAGAUACCAAGCUACUCAAGAUGUUAUGAAAGUUGCAGUUCCCUUCAAGCUGAGAACCAAAGUACAGCUUUGCCAGGACCAGGAAGAAAUAUGCCAACUUCACAGAUGGUGAAUAUUAGAGACUUGUCAAACAAUGUACUGUAUCAAAACAGAGACUACCAUUUGACACCACGGACCUCAUUACAUACAGCACCUACAACAAUUUACAGUAAUACAAAUCCACCACGGAAUAAUUUUUCUUCACAUUUUGCAUCAUCAAACCAAUUGAGGUUAUCACAAAACCAAAACAAUUACCAGAUUUCAGGAAAUCUAACUGUGCCUUGGAUUACAGGGUGUUCUAGAAAAAGAGCACUACAAGACCGCACUCAGUUCAGUGACAGAGACUUAGCCACCCUUAAGAAGUACUGGGACAAUGGCAUGACGAGCCUUGGAUCUAUCUGUAGAGAAAAAAUUGAAGCAGUUGCAAGUGAAUUAAAUGUUGACUGUGAAAUAGUUCGGACUUGGAUUGGGAAUAGAAGAAGAAAAUAUCGUUUAAUGGGGAUUGAAGUUCCACCUCCAAGGGGAGGCCCUGCUGAUUUUUCUGAGCAUCCAGAGUCUGGUUCUUUGUCUGCACUCACAACAGGAGAGGAAGCUGGUCCUGAAGUAGAAGAAGAUAAUGAUAGAAAUGAUGAAGCAUCCAUCUGUUUGUCUGAAGGAAGCUCUCAAGAGUCCAAUGAAGUUGUUCCUAAUGAAACAAGGGCUGAUAAGGAGGAGGACCACCAUGCAGUAUCCGAGGAUAAUGUGAAAAUAGAAAUUAUUGACGAUGAAGAAAGUGACAUGAUAAGUAAUUCUGAAGUAGAACAAGUGAAUUCUUUCUUGGAUUAUAAGAAUGAAGAAGUCAGAUUCAUUGAAAAUGAGCUAGAGAUUCAAAAGCAAAAAUACUUUAAACUUCAGACAUUUGUUAGAAGCCUGAUACUAGCUAUGAAAACUGAGGAUAAGGAACAACAGCAGGCACUGCUGUCAGAUUUACCUCCUGAAUUAGAAGAGAUGGAUUUCAAUCAUACCUCACUGGAACCUGAUGAUACCUCACUCGGUGUAUCUUCUUUGUCAGAGAAAAAUGCCUCAGACUGUUUGUGAUUUGAGGGGGAUGAUAUAUGACACAGCUUUUACGCUGACUAACAGGAGUGCAUUCCAAUAUAAUUGCAUUCUGUUGCCCUGAAAUUCUUCAAUUGGAAAAACAUAUUGUUGAAACCAAUAUGUUCUGUGAAGAAUGGAUGAGAUAUAAUGGCUACAGUACAAAAAUUGUUUGUGAAAUUUAAAAGCAUAUUUUGAGAGUUUUUCCCAAAUUGAUAGAAAUGUGAGAAAAUAUUUAAUUUUGAAGAGCUUAGCUAUGAAAUGCAUAAUGUAUAACUUUUGAAUUUUUUGUUUGGUUUUAUAGAAAAAUCUUAGUUUUAAUAAUAGCUUAGGCCAGAGACAAAAUAAAAGUAUUUCAACAUUGCUUUAUCAAAUUACUGAAGCUUGAUUAUUGUCUUUGUAGUCAUUACAUCUUACUUCUUUCUCUCUCCUUUGCUAACAUAUACUUUUACUCAGGAAAGUGGACUGAAAAUUGAAAUGAAACUUGGAAAGUGAUUUAACCUGUACGAGUCUUGGGAUUAUUUUUCAAGCCCUGUGAAAUUUGAUUUAAGUUAAUGAUUGAAUAUUGAAGUGAUUAUUAGUAUAUAAUUGUAAAUUGUUGCUAUUCUUCUAUUAUCUAACCCAAACAUUUCAGGGGAGGGAGCACUACAGAAAAGUAAUUCACCAACAUGAAGUUAAAUAAAUUAAGUGUACAGAAACAAAACGUAAAAGAUUAGUCAAUAGAAAUUCUUCAUCACUGAAAAUGAAAAAUAUUGAUAUUCACAUUUUACUAGUAGAAUGGAAUAACGGAAUUACAUAAAAUGUUGCACAAAUAUUACAAGUUUAUCAUCAUCUUCACAAUAGUUUUGACUUCUUAAAUAUUUUAUGAGACACAAAAUCAAGGUAGGCCACUAAGAUUAUUAUUUUAAAAUAUAUUUUUAUCGAUUUCAGAGAGGGAGAGAAUCAUUGAUUGGCUGCCUCAUACACACCCCCUAUUGGGGAUUGAGCCUGCAACCCGGAAAUGUGCCCUGACCAGGAAUUGAAACAUGACCUCCUGGUUCAUAGGUCUAUGCUUAACCACUAGCCAUGCUGGCCUGGCAAGAUUGUGUUUAAUUUAGUCAUUCAGCUUUGCCAUAAAAUUUACUUCAUUUCCAUGUGAGGCUUGCACAGAGCUAUCAGCCAAGGAUAAUAUAAAAAAAGAGUUAUACCACUUUGGUUGUAAAAUCCAAUCUCCUGGAUUUCCUGGAUGCUCUUCUAUGAGCACACUACCCAUUUAUUCUAUUAGCAGGUACCAGCUGGUAACACACUGUAGACAAUUUGCAGACCUUUCAUUCUGGGUACCAGAUGGCAUCACCAGAGCCAAUAAAAGGGAAAAUGCCAGUUUCUCCCUGAGCACACAGUGUCAUAUAUUUGUGGGUUGACAGUGUGGAAUCAUGUGCAUGAUUAAAUUACUAUCUACACAUAAAAAAUGUUAAAGAAGUAGCUUUCAUGACUCUUCGUCAUCAAGUUUCUAUAUCAGAUAACUUUGUAAUUUUUAAGAAAAACAAUUUUGAUCUUGGAAUUCACAGAUACCAAUUUAUGAAUGCAGAAAGGUGGUCAUUAAUGCCUUUGACCUUGAAAUGUCUCCUACCACACACACAAAUAACUAAGGUUUAUUGAUAAUUCUUCCUUUUAUCAUCUAUUGAUUUAAUGUAAUGUUACUGUCAUCUUACUAUGGUUCUUUUGUUAGCAGAAAUAUAUAAAUGGUUAGGUAUGCUCCUGUUUAGCUGACAGCCAUAUGGUUCAUUGCAAACAAUGUUUAGUACUCCUUGAUGACAAGUCAAAUUUUAUUCAGAAAAAAAGAGUGCUGAGUAACAAUUGAACAUCAGAUAUUAAGAUUACAUUUAUCUGGUUUUUUGUUUUUACCAAUUCUUCCAUGAGAUAAAGAGUCCCUACUAUAUACAGCAAAUGUAUAAAUCAUUUCUUAAUGUAGCACGAACAAAUUCCAGACCUUUAAGUUUCUCAUAAGAUUUCCUUCCUAAUCACUGAGUUUAAUUUUAAACUCUAAUUUUAUUCUGCUUCAAUUUAAAUACCUUCUUAUUUGGUUCUUGUUACAAAGUAAGGAAAGAUGAUUUUUUUCCCUACAUCUUUCAACUAUAUGGAUUUUAUUUGUCACAUCUCAGCAUUUAGUCACUAAAUCAAAUAUUAUUUGACCUCCUGCUUUAAGGACAUUGGAUUUUAAUUCCUCAACAAGCCAUAAACUUCAAAACAAAUUAUUUCUUAUCACUUUUUCAGGUAUAUUAAUACAGUUUAUUUGACUAUGAAGUUGAAUAGAUUUAAGGAUUCUGCUAGGUGUGAUUCCUAGAACCCUAGUCCACAAUUUUGAGAGAAAGCAUAGAUGAUUCCCUUGUCCCUAUUUAAAGUUCCAUUAAAAGAGAAACUGCAUGUAGGGAUCCUUUUGUUUUGGCAUUUAUACUUCAUCACCAGAGUUAUUUAUUUUAUCAUCGCUGGAAUUUAAACAUUUCUAAAGUGAAAUAUGGUUAUGCUAAAGCAGAAACCAAAGGAAAUAUCUGAAUCCAGAAGGAAAAAUCAUAACAGGCAAGGUGUAUGCCAAGGUGUCAAGUAUUAAAAAAACACACACCUCUAUUAUGAAGAAAAAUUGUUUCUUUCAGAUUGGAAUUGCUUUUGAGACAUUUUAGUGGAGGAAAAACAUCAGUUCGUGAUUUCUUUUGUGAACGUCUUCAUGACUAAGGGGAGAAAAAAACCCACUAGGGUUUCUUUUUAUAGGACUGUGACUCAAUAGUGAAACAGACCACACUAUCUGAAUCAUCUCUCACAAAAACAAAUGUUAACAUGAAAAGCCAUUUUUUUUUCUCUUUUACUUUGAUGUUUGCUUUCAGUUUAGGACAGUCAACCAAUUUCUAAGCAGGAAAUAUGCAUCUAAGAGCACUUAACUUCCAAAAUAUAUAUUAAGAUAUAAAACAAACAAAAAAUGA